AUGGUAGCCGUUAACGGGAGCGACGCGAGCGACGCGGCUCUUCUGUUCGUCCUCAAGUCGAUACUCUCAGAUCAAGACAAAUUGAUCGUAAUACAUGUCAGACCUACAGAUAAGGACCUUACAUCGCUCUACAGUGGCUUCGCGGAUCCAGCGGCGGAGAUCAAGUCCCACCACGCGUUUAUCCGCGAUACAAUCAACGUCGCCGCAAAGACCAUACACUCUCUGGGUUUCCCCGCGGCGCGCGUCAAGGUGGAGGAGGGCGAUCCGAGGAAGGUUAUUCCCAAGGUCGCCGAGGCAGAGCGGGCUGAUUUACUCGUUCUCGGCUCACAGGGGAAACGAACAUUACAUUACAUGCUGGCUGGCGAUGUGGCAUCGCAUUGUGCCAAAAAGUGCAGUUGCGCACCUCACGCAAACGAAGGGUUUCAGCCGCCCAACGACGCGCUUGAGGCGCAAGUUGCUAACGAGGCGCUGCAGCCGCACCAAGCUAACGUCGACGGCUCGCUAACCCUAUCGCUAAAUCCCGUGCCCAAGGCCGAAAAGUCAAAGGUCCUAAAUGGAGCAGCAGCGGAGCGCUACAAGCUCCCCAUGGUCGUCAAUUCUCUCCCUUCCGAUCAAUCCACGGACUCCGUUCCGGGAAAGCGGCGACCGAAUCUCGUGACCGGGCUUCACGGCGUGAAGGUCCUGUACGGCCGGUUUCAAAGCUCCAUCGAUUUUGACGGCCAGCGGCACACGCUGGGGACGUGGGACGACCCGAUGGAGGCUGCGAAGGGAUACGCCGCCGCGGCAUAUAUGAUUGUCCACCUGGGCGUGCGCGCCGUGUCGGCUAUCCUGACGGAGGAGGAGCAGGCGUGCUUGAAGCGAAUGUCGCACGACGACUUUAUAACGAUUCUGAAGUUCCCCGGCGCGUGGAAGCAGUGGCAGCGGUGGGAGGAGCUCAUGCCGCGGUGGCGCGCGCACUACGAGAACCUCGCGCGCAAGCACGGGGAGAUGGACACCGUGCGCAUCGGGCGGAAGAAGCGCAAGGGGAAGGAGCAAGCGAUCGCGCCCGUGGGGAAAUUCACAGCCGCCGCCGCGAUGAACGGCCUGCAGACGCCUAUGUUCGCCCUGGACCCAGCCAUGCACGUGGAGCAGGGGAUGGGCGGGGAGGCGGUUGGGCCUGCUGCUCUUUCUCUGUCCUUUGCCUGCUCCCAUCAACGCGUGCAGGAAGUGCUGGGGUACAAUCAGCAGGACGUGACGACGCUGGGAGUGGCCAAGGACGUGGGCGACAACGUGGGGCUGCUGGCAGGGCUGCUCGCUGACAUGGUGCCGCCAUGGCUCGUCAUUGCUGUCGGCACACUGCUGGUGUGGUGUCUGCUGUGCUGCGCCACCAACGGGUCCAUCUACUUCAUCACAGCCGGCCUUGUCUCCUCUCAGCUCAACUUCCCGCACUCAGGGGGCGUGGUGGCCGGUAUUGUCGUCGGCUUCAUCGGCCUCUCAGGCGCCAUCUUUGCACAGUUUGCAGCAGAGGAGGCCGUGAGCUUCUCGCUCAUUUUGCGCCUCUGCCUGCUGCUCGCUGCCUUCCUCCCUGACCUCCGCUCUUUCUUUCCUACCCCUUCCCUUCGCCUUUCCCCACUGUUCCCCACUUUCCUCCCUGGCCCCCCAGCCCCCCGCACCCCCAAAGUAGCAGCAGAGGAGAGCGCGGGCUUCUCUCUCAUCCUGCGCCUCUGCAUGCUGCUCGCCGCCUUCCUCCUCCUCGUCAUCACCUCCCAGGCCUUCACCACCUUCUCACCGCACACCACCACUGCCAUUACCAUCACCAUGCUCCUCCUGCUCCUCGCCCCUGCUUCCGUGCUCCUCCCCUCCCGCUCUCCCUCGCCUUCCACUGCCAUUCGCUCGUCCUCUUCUCCCUCUCUCUCGCAUCCACACGCCCACGACUCCACUGAUCUUUCCCGGCCGUUGCUCCAAUCGACUUCAGCCACGUCAGCAGCAGCAGGCGCUCCAGGUAGUGCUAGCCCUGGAGCUAGCGAGGAGGAGGAGGAGGAGGAGGAGGAGGAGGAGGAGGAGGAGGAGGAGGAGGAGGAGGAGGAGGAGGAGGAGGAGGAGGAGGAGGAGGAGGGGGAGGAAGAGAGAUUGAGCGGUGCAGGAGCCAUUUCAUUUGUCAGCCCUAACAGCCAGAAGAGCCUCAGCAGCCUGACGGAGGAUGGUGACGUGGCAGGGGCGGCAAGUGUGGGUGGUGGGGAGGGGGAGGGUGGGGAGGACGAUUGGAGCUACUACUUUGGGGAAGAGGAGACGUCUGUUCACGGUAAGAAUCAAUCGAGAGUCACAGGAAUUACCUCUCCUAAAGGAGGAUACCACAGGGGCGGAGAUGUUAACGAGGAAGACUCUGAAGGGGAUGAGCACGAGGAUGGGGAGGAGGAGGGAGAGGAUGAGGAGGAGGGGGAGGAAGAGGGGGACAUGGCAGGAACAGCAGCGGCGGCGAGGGGGGAGGUGUAUCUGGGGGAGGACCAUUCGUUCAGGCAGGCGCUAUCGACGGUGGAGUUCUGGCUGCUGUACGGGGGGCUGGUGUGUGGCUUUGGCGCGGGGCUGACGGCCAUCACGAACCUGGCUCAGAUAGGCGAGGCACAGGGGUACGGCAACGCACAGGUGCUCACGUCGCUCGUCAGCAUCUGGCAGUUCCUUGGCCGGCUCGCCAGUGGGUCGCUCUCAGAGCACUUUGUCAGAGCCUACGGCAUACCACGACCCAUGGCCCUGGCGGCCAUUCAGCUACUGAUGGCAGUGGGGCAUCUGGCCUUCGCCCUCGCCCCGCCAGGCGGAGUGUACCUGGGAUCGCUACUCAUAGGCUUCACCUACGGCGGGCUGUGUUCGGUCAUGCCUGUCAUCGCAGCAGAGCUUUUCGGCCGCCGCUGCCUUGGUCUUCUCUACAACUCGCUCCUUGCUGCUGCUCCCCUCGGCUCCUAUUUAUUCUCAGGUAUACCCUUCCCGGCAUCUCUAUCUAAGCUCGCUGGUAAUAGGCUUCACGGAAUGAGUGGAUGGUUCAGUGCUGUUGUUGGCAGUGCAGGGGGUGGUGGGGGAGGGGAUGGUCCCAAGGAGUGUCACGGGGCGCACUGCUUCCGCCUCAUCUUCCUCAUCCUCACUGCCGUGUGUGUGCUGGGCGCUGCUGUGAACCUAGUCGUUGCCUCGCGCACUGCUCGGGUGUAUGGGCUGAUGAAGCACAGUGAGGGGGAAGGAGAGGAAGCCGAUGAAGGCGAGGAGAAAGAUGAUGGUAGUGGAGGGGAGGGCCCCAAGGAGUAUCACGGCGCGCACUGCUUCCGCCUCAUCUUCCUCAUCCUCACUGCCGUGUGUGUGCUGGGCGCUGCUGUGAACCUAGUCGUUGCCUCGCGCACUGCUCGGGUGUAUGGGCUGAUGAAGCACAGUGAGGGGGAAGGAGAGGAAGCCGAUGAAGACGAGGAGAAAGAUGAUGGUAGUGGAGGGGAGGGCCCCAAGGAGUAUCACGGCGCGCACUGCUUCCGCCUCAUCUUCCUCAUCCUCACUGCCGUGUGUGUGCUGGGCGCUGCUGUGAACCUAGUCGUUGCCUCGCGCACUGCUCGGGUGUAUGGGCUGAUGAAGCACAGUGAGGGGGAAGGAGAGGAAGCCGAUGAAGACGAGGAGAAAGAUGAUGGUAGUGGAGGGGAGGGCCCCAAGGAGUAUCACGGCGCGCACUGCUUCCGCCUCAUCUUCCUCAUCCUCACUGCCGUGUGUGUGCUGGGCGCUGCUGUCAACCUGGUUGUUGCCUCCCGCACUGCUCGGGUGUAUGGGCUGAUGAAGCACAGUGAGGGGGAAGCUGAGGAGGCAGAUGAACAAGAGGAGAAAGGUGAUGAUAGAUAG